AUGGCUCCUCGCGGGAAGGCUCAGCCGAAUCGAGAAGCCCGCAAUCCCCUGGGCGCAAAAUCAAGCUCCAGGGGCGGCAUUCAGAAGCGAAGAGGUCCGACCAGAGUCGACACUGAUGGAGAUCUCGACAUGGAUGGUCCGUCCAAGCGGCCAAACAGAGGUCCUACGACUGAAACAAGUGGUGGCAGAGGCAGACCAUCGGGAAGAGGAGGUCCACAACCAUCUAGGGGGGCUGCCAAGGUUGCUCAGAUAGUAAUGAAGCAACUGGGUGGCGGUAGUUCAUCCGACUUGGCGUCUCGAGUUUCAAGGCCAUCCAGAGCCCGAGGUGGCCCAGCCGAAGGGCUUACCUGGCUCAGGGUCCGUGGCCUCAAACAAAGCAAGGCUGCAUCCAACUCAGAUGGGGGCCUCUCUGACCUGUUGAGCUUCAUGGAAAGGAAAGCAUCUUCUCUUGGGACUGGACGCAAACGACACAUUACGAUUCGAAAGUCACACAGAGCUGGGGAAUACGUUUUUGUGGGGGCAAACAAGGAGGACGCGGAGGAACUUGUCAAACUUAAUACGUUUACAUUUGCUGGCGUUCAGCUGGAGGUAGUAGAGUCUAACGCCGACUUUGAGCCGCCAAGCAAGGCAACAGAAUCACCAGAGACGGCAGAGCUACGCGCAAAACUCCAGGCGAUCCUUAGUCAACGCUAUAUUGGUGAAAACAAACUACUCAAGCUCGAUGCCCUUGCUUCUGAUCCCGAGUUGGUCACUCUUGGCAUGUUUGAAAACCGAGAAAGGGCACUCAAGACCUUCAAGGGGCUCAUGGCAAUCUGCGAUGGUCUUUUCAAAACCGCUCAGGAAAAGAAGGAUGCAAUCCACAGCAUCAGCCUCGCCAAUAACAGCAUUGACAAUGUCAUCCAGGUGGAGUCCGUGGCAGCGUCAUUCCCACAGCUGAAGAACCUAGAUAUGAGCGGCAAUCAAAUCAGCAGCAUGGACGGACUCCAACGAUGGAAAGGGAAGUUCAAGGAGCUCGAGACCAUUUACUUCGCUGGGAAUCCAAUCGAGGGGGCAGACGCCAAUUACAAGGCUGCUCUUCUCGAGUGGUUCCCCAAACUACAGAACAUUAACGGGGUUGAGCUUCGCACUGCGCAGCAAAUUGCUGAGCAGGAGGCCGCCCGUCAACCAAAACCAAUUCCACAGAGUGGACCUGACUUCCGUGAUGUCAACGGCAUUGGCGAGCAAUUCCUGCUUGAUUUUUUUACGGCCUACGACACCAACCGCGAGGGACUUACAUCCAGGCUAUACGACGCUGGCAGUCAAUUUUCACUGGCUGUGGACGCUGUAUCAGUUAGAGACCCAAAUGCACCACCACCACUACCUUGGGCUGCCUACAUCAAAUCAUCUCGCAACUUGAUGAAAAUCAACAGCCACCAUGCCAGAUCACAGCGGUUAUUCAAGGGAGGAAAUGCUAUCAACGAGUUGUGGAAGGAACUCCCUAUGACCAAGCAUCCCAACAUGAAGGAUGAGCUGAGCAAAUACAUUAUGGAUUGUCAUCCACUGCCAGGAUUGGCCGACCCCACAGGUCAAAGCCAGUUGGGUGUUGAUGGCUUAAUCCUUGCUGUUCACGGCGAGUUUGAAGAGUACGACCAGAAGUCGGGAACCACAGGCAAGCGAAGCUUCUCUCGCACUUUUGUGCUCGGACCGGGCCUAUCCGGAACUGCGCCGAUCAGAGUCGUCAGCGACAUGCUGUCUCUGCGGGCGUACAGCCCCCUUCCGAACGUAUUCGUUGCACCUUCAUCAGCCCCCGUGGAUGCAGCAAACCAGCAUCAGGCAAUGAUUGCCGAGCUGUCAAAACAAACGGGCAUGGUGCCCCAGUACUCGGAAAUGUGCCUGUCACAAGUCGAAUGGGACUUUGGCAGAGCCUUGGUCAUCUUCAAUGAGAAGAAGUCACAACUACCACCGGAAGCAUUCGCACCAGCCUCCUAGCAGACGGGCUGUUUCGUGCAAUGCUCCAAUUGCAACACCCACAUUGGGCUAUUAGAUAGGAUGGAUUGACAGGAGAGAUGGGGCAAUCCUUGUAUGGGGCUUUGUGUCGGUAUAAUAUAUGGUCGGUUAUUUAUAGAGAUCGGUAUCUGGGACGUAGGGGUUCCGUGUUCGUGUAUUACAUGCGUGGCAAAGGGGGAGGAGAGAUGACGAAACAAGGGCGGAGAAAUUGCAGAC